GUCAUUAGUUACAUUUCAACCAUAGCGAUUCCCUAAUUGAGGCUCAGAGUUCACCGGCGAAUGCAGGAACACCGGAAAUAAUAACUAAACUAACGAACGAGGAAUGGUGGAGGCUACCAGAACGAAGAGACAUUUUUCAGGAUAAACGUGGAUCUGUUUUGGUGGACUCAGUGAAAGCAAUGUUGAAACAAACAGAUACUUCUGAGACUGUGCGUCUGUCUCAAUCCAUCAAUGAUGAAGAGAUAAAAUACGUGAUGGUGAGGAAGACUCUGAUAAAGGAGUGGCUGAACAGUCUGGAGAUCUACUGUGAACUAGAGGAUGUUCCUAACAUAGCGUUGCUGGGCUCAGGUGGAGGAGAGAGGGCAGCAGUGGGCAUGCUGGGAUCUCUGUUUCAGCUGGAACAGGACAACCUGCUGGGCAGCCUCCUCUACAUGUGUGGGGUGUCAGGCACCACCUGGUGCAUGUCAUCCCUGUACAGUGAUCUAGAUUGGUCGCUGAAUAAGCGCUGUGAUGAGGUGAUAGAGAAGCUGAAGGGUCCUACGGUGGAUUUGAAGAAGGCUGUGGACUGGCUGAAACAGUGGAAAGACAGCGACCAGGACUUCAACCUCACUGACUUCUGGGGCGCCUUCACUGCCUGCUAUUUCAUGAAGGAGGUCAGUAUGGACACUCGCCGUCUCUCUGAAGAAGCUCACAGGAACAGCACCAACCCCUACCCCAUCUACAGCGCCAUAGAACUCGACCGCAACAAACAGCAUUGCACUAAAGGCGACUGUUAUGCAGCAUUCAUGCAAACUCGGAAACUCAGAACUUCUGAGUUAAAAUCAACUUUUUUCGGUGUCAUUCCAGACAAUUCUCCCCCACUGUUUUCUGUAGCAGUGUGGUUUGAGAUGACACCCCACGAGUGUGGCUUCUCCGGAUUGGGCGCUUUCAUCGACACUUCCUGUCUCAGGUGCAAGUUUGAAGGCGGGAUUAUGACAGAGAAGAGGAAGGAAAUGGACAUGGUUCUGCUGCAAGGUAUCUGUGGGAGUGUCAUUGCAGACGGGCAGAUGGACAUUGCUUAUGUGGGAAAAAAGAUCUGGGACUUAUUAUUUGGAGGUUCAAUCAUUUGGAUUGUACAGAACAUUUUCCCUCUGCUCAUUAAAUGGGAAUGGGGAACCACAUCCAACUUCCUCUUCAAGUUAUAUGAUACUAGAGUUCCUUGCUGCAUGGCAUACAAAGAGAAGAUUCAUCUGGUAGGCGUUAAAAUGAACUCUCCCUACCCCCCCAUCCUGCGCCCAUCCAGGGAGGUCGACCUCAUCAUCUCCUUGGACUUCAGCGAAGAAGACCCAUUUGAGACGGUGUUUAGUUCCAAACAGUAUGCGGAUGAGCUGAAGCUCCCCUUUCCCCCAGUGGAUGAGAGGAUGAGGGAGGAGAAAGACCAUCCUCAGGACUGCUAUGUCUUUGAGGGGCAACUUCCUAAACAGCCCACCAUCAUGCACAUGCCCCUGUUCAACCUGCAGAACUGCCAAGACGAGCAGGAGAUUAAGAAGGAGAGUGAGAAGUACACAACGUUCCAGCAGCCCUACAGUGCGCCUAUGAUCGAACACCUCCUGGAGAAGGCCAAGGCCAACAUGAGGAACAACAGAGACAGGAUCCUGGGACAGAUCAUUAUGGCUGUCCAACGCAGAAAGAAUCGCAAGUCAGUGGCUCAAUAGUUUAUCAGUGGUGUAAAGUAUCUGUACUUUACUACUAAUAUGACGACUUUUACUUCACGACAUUCCUAAAGAAAAUAAUAUACUUUUUACUCUAUACAUUUUCUCUGACUGCCGAAAUUAGCUUGUUACAUUUUGAACGCUUAGCAGAACAGAAAAAGUCUAAUUCAUGCACUUAUCAAGAGGACAAUCUUGUUCCUCCCUACUGCCUCUGAUCUGGCAGACUGAUUAGAAGCACCUGCAUGGGUUGCUCACCUGUGUUCCCUACAAAUGCUGUCUUGAAUUAAAAGGAUUUGUACCUACAUACAUGUGAAAGUUGCAACGUCUGUGUACGUUAUCCCUAAUGCAGUGAAAAUAAUAAAAAAUAUUAUCAAAUUAA